AUUUUCUUCCUCCUUAAAUACCCUUAUGUAUAAGCAAAGAAUCUUAUGGGAAUUUAUACGUAAAUUAAAAUAAAAAGGACCCAUUUUUAUUUUUAUUUUUGUCCAAAAUGGAGCUGCCGGAGAUGGAAUCAAUGGCGACGGCGAUCGGAGUAUCGGUACCGGUGCUUCGAUUUCUACUCUGUUUUAUCGCCACCAUUCCGGUGAGCUUCCUCCACCGUUUUGUUCCUUCCGCCACCGGAAAACACCUAUACGCCGCCGUGAUGGGCGGUGUUUUGUCCUACUUGUCGUUUGGAUUCUCUUCGAAUCUNGGAGUAGAAGUCUAUAAAGCUGCAAACUUUAGUUGCAUGUGUCAAGUCUUACUAAUUUCUCCAUUCGAUUUGCGUAAUUGUGUGAAGAAAUGGAUGUUGGGCCUAACUCCAAAAGUAUAUUUGCUACAACUAUAUUUGUGCAGCCAUGUUUACUACAUGAGUGGGGAUGCGUGGAAGGAAGGAGGUAUUGAUGCAACAGGAGCUUUAAUGGUGGUAACACUGAAAAUAAUUUCAUGUGUGAUCAAUUACCAAGAUGGAUUGUUGAAGGAGGAGGAUUUGCGUGAGGCUCAGAAGAAAAAUCGUUUGCUCAAGUUGCCAUCUGUACUUGAGUACUUUGGUUACUGUCUCUGUUGUGGAAGUCAUUUUGCUGGUCCAGUGUAUGAAAUGAAGGAUUACCUUGACUGGACGGAGAGAAAAGGCAUCUGGAAAUCUACUGAGAAAGGACAUCCAUCACCUUUUGGGGCAACUUUGAGGGCUCUUCUUCAAGCUGCUUUUUGUAUGGGGUUGUACCUCUACUUGGUGCCUCUUUACCCACUUACCAGGUUCUCUGACCCACUAUACCAAGAAUGGGGUUUCUUGAAACGGUUGAGUUACCAAUAUAUGGCAGGAUUUACUGCCCGGUGGAAAUAUUAUUUUAUCUGGUCAAUCUCAGAAGCCUCUAUCAUUAUUUCUGGCUUGGGGUUCAGUGGUUGGACAGACUCUUCUCCACCGGAACCACGUUGGGACCGUGCAAAAAAUGUUGACGUAUUGGGUGUUGAGCUGGCAAAAAGUUCAGUUCAGUUACCUCUUGUAUGGAACAUUCAAGUCAGCACCUGGCUGCGACACUAUGUAUAUGAGAGGCUCGUACAGAAGGGAAGGAAGCCUGGUUUCUUCCAGUUGCUGGCUACACAAACUGUCAGUGCUGUAUGGCAUGGACUAUAUCCGGGGUACAUUAUAUUCUUUGUUCAGUCGGCUUUGAUGAUUGCUGGUUCGAGAGUCAUUUACAGAUGGCAGCAAGCUACAAAAGGUACUCUGUUUGAGAAGAUACUAACAUUGAUGAACUUUGCAUACACACUGUUGGUUCUUAACUACUCCGCUGUUGGCUUCAUGGUAUUAAGUCUGCAUGAAACGCUCACUUCUUAUGGAAGUGUGUACUAUAUCGGAACCAUUAUACCGAUGGUACUAAUCCUGCUUGGUAAAGCGAUUAAGCCAGCAAAACCUGCAAGAUCUAAAGCUAAGAAAGAAGAGUGAGUCCGAUUGUGCUUCUCGAGAUGGUUGCUUAGAUUUUUUUGGUGGAAACAUCGAGCUUUGGUUCCGCUUCUUCUAUUUCUUUUAUGAGUCUGUAAAACAUCUGUUUUGGUUGCUGGUAAAGCAAUUUGUUGAGCAAAAUAGGACUUUUAAUUAACUGGCUACCAAAAAUCAUGUAGCCAACUGUGUAAUUUCUGGAAGCAUCUUGGCAAAAAGAAGUUUUGCUUUUGCAUCUA